AUGAAAAUUUGGAUUCUUCUUGGAUUGGUUUGCUCCGCCCAGUAUUUAUCUGCGGCUAGCAUUGCAUCUGACUUGAACGCUUUACGACAACAGUUUGCCAAUGCAGCUUCUGCCUUUGGAGGCUCAGCACCACCAGCUGUAGAAGAACCCGUUGCUACACCUGAGGAACAACCCGCAUCCGAGCCGGUAUCCGCAUUCAGCAAAUUUCUAUCAAAGAUCAACUCUGAACCAAAAGUAGACACAGCAACAAAUUUGACAACCAGAGUUCAAAACCAAGCCAGGAGCUAUCCUUACAGCUAUCCACCAUCUCCUUAUGGCGGCUAUCCAUCUCCGUAUCCAAGCCCUUACCAAUCGCCGUACGCACCCGUAAAUCCAUCCUACCCACCAAGUUACUACAGCGAUCCUAAUAACAGGCUUUAUAACGUCUUUCCCGAUGGCACUCUAUAUGACCAGGCAACUGGGCAAUAUUAUCCAAGGGAUCAGCGAGGAGAGGCUCGUAUUCCCACUAACACUGGGUUCGGUGCACCAUACUACAUCGUAACACCAGAUGGAGGAACCUUUGUAGAGGAGAAUGGUGUCCGCUACAAGAUAGAUGAUGACGUCAGUGCCGACGGAAACCGAUACUACACGGACGCAGCUGGAAACCGAUUUUACAUCAACGCUAGUGGUGGAAAAGUCUUCACCCCAACCACUACCCAGGGGCCAAAAUAUAUCGACCCUACUGGUAAACAGUACAAUGUACAGCCUGAUGGGUCUUUGAUCGACCCCACCACCAACCAAGUGUACCCACUCAAUGGUUUAGGUGAAGCUUCAGUACCCAAUACCAGCGGAUUCGGUGAUCCUAACUAUACUGUUGCUCCUGAUGGUUCAGCUUACGUUACGCAAAACGGUAUCAAAUACAAAGUGGAUGACCAGAUCAGUCCAGACGGCAACCGGUACUACACCGACUCUCUUGGUAACAGAUUCUACGUUGACGCCAACGGAAACAAAGUGUAUCCACCCAAUCCUACCACCCAAGGCGUCACAUAUUAUGUCGACCCCACGGGCAAACAGUACAUCGUGCAGCCCGACGGUACUCUAAAGGACCCCACCACAAACCAGAUUUACCCAUUGAACGCCCAAGGUGAACCUACAGCUCCUAACACAAGUGGUUUUGGUGAUCCUAACUAUGCUGUCGGUCCUGAUGGUUCUUCAUACGUUACGGAGAAUGGUAUUAGAUACAAAGUUGAUGAUCAAAUCAGUCCGGAUGGUAACCGAUACUACACCGACGCUGCAGGAAAUAGAUUCUACGUCGACCCAAACGGUCUGAAGAUUUACGUCCGACCAGACGGAGUUAAAUACUACACCGAUCCCAACAACGGAAUCGUCUACUACCAGAAUCCGGACGGAACAAUUUACUACACUGGUUCAAACGGAGUUGUAUACUACCAAGAUCCGACCAACGGAGAUACCUACACCAGAGACGCAGCAGGCAAUACUUACCGUACUAGAACCGAUGGUAGCUCUUACAUCCAAUCUGCAAACGGUUGUACAUACAGCGUCAAUGGAACUGUAACAACUCUUACGUCAACGACCAAUACCAGUUGUCCGACUUCAUUCUCUGGCACCUCGCCAGAAAAUGUGACUUACACAUAA